AUGGAGGCACUUCCGGUCCUACUGCCCUCAGCGAAGAUGGCGGCAGGAGAGAAGCGGCGGCCGUUGGUAGCAUCGGCGGCGAAUUACGCGGACGGCGGACGGCCCUCGGUGUCUCGGAGCGCGGCGGCAGCCGAGAGCGAGGAGGACUUUCUGCGGCAGGUCGGCGUAACCGAGAUGCUGCGUGCAGCCCUGUUAAAAGUGCUGGAAGCGCGUCCCGAGGAGCCCAUCGCCUUCCUGGCACACUACUUCGAAAACAUGGGCCUGCGCUCGCCGGCCAACGGCGGCGCCGGGGAGCCUCCCGGGCAGCUCCUCCUGCAGCAGCAGCGCCUGGGCCGCGCGCUGUGGUACCUUCGCCUGGCUCACCACUCUCAGAGGACAGCCUUCAAUAACAACGUGAGCGUGGCCUAUGAGUGCCUCAGCGCCAGUGGGCGGAAGAAGAAGCCAGGGCUGGACGGGCGUACGUACAGCGAGCUGCUGAAACGCAUCUGCAGAGACGGUGGAGCCCCCGAGGAGGUGGUGGCACCGCUGCUGCACAAGAUCCAGUGCCGCGACCACGAGGCGGUGCCCCUGGACGUCUUCCGCACCGGCAUGCUCACAUGCUUCGUGCUGCUGGAGUUCAUGGCGCGCGCCAGGGCCCUCUUCCAGCUGCUGGAGGACCCAGGGCUGGCUGUGGCUGACCGGCGAGUGGGCCAGGCUGUGCUGGACACCCUGGAGGAGGCCCUGGGCACCAGCGACCAAGCCACUGCGCCUGUGUGCUACCUAGAAGCUGGUUCACGCCUAGGGCCCGACAGCCUGGCCGUGGCCAUGGACCGGGCAGCAGGCGGGCGGCGGCCCAGCUUGCCCAUGGCCCGGCAGGAGUUCUUGGAGAAGGCUGUGGGCCUCUUCAUCGCCAAAGUCAAGCCAGUGAGCUGAGCCUGGCCUACCGCUCCCCACUCCACACCAGCCACCCAGCCGCUGCCCACGGAGCUGCGAGCAUCUGGCCCGGGGUGUUCCCGCAUGCGGGUGGGGGCUCCCCACCUUUGGACUAGGAGAUGGAUAAUCCAGCAGAACAUGGCUUCUCCACAACUCUACCACCUUCCGUGCUGGCCUGACCAAAAUAAAAUCUGUAUAGAAGCCACA